AAACAUCAGUCGCUGGAUCUGAUGAAUUGAAGUUCCGAUGGUCCAGCACACUUGAUGUGUGCCAGCAAUAUAAUUCUGGUCAAGUUCAAAGAAAGUGAAAUCCGCAUGGCACGGAAUGUUUGAAUGGGAAUUAUAAGUUGUGAAUGAGAUAAUUGCUGGUAUUGAAUAUUGAAUUUAUUCACCUGAUAUUUACUUUAUUGGCAUAGUUCUUGAAAUUGGUUGUUAUCAUGGGGAAAUUCAGAUUUCCCAUGUGUUGUACUAGAGGGGGUUCCUGUUUCCGCGCCAAAUGGUUCCCAAAUGGGGAUUAUCCAUUGCAACCAAUGCCUAAACCAGAAUGUGCAGAUGCGACUGAUGCAACCUCCAACGAGGACAACAAGGAACCCGACAUACUAAUAAUCAGAGAAAUUGACCCGUGCAUCGGCCUGAAUGGGCCCUUUCAUCACACGUCGCGUUACGAACUCAUGCAACGCACAUUCCAGCCUCAAUUGGUCGUGCGAAGAGGUCAAAGUUUCCAGCUGGACAUCAAACUGAGUCGGCCCUACGACGAGGAGAGAGACGGGAUAUCAUUCAUUUUCACAGUGGAAGAUGAAGAAAAACCCAACCAUGGAAAUGGGACAUUAGUAGCAGUGCCACUCUUACAGAAAACUGAUAAGUACAUGCCGUGGAAUGUUACCUUGGAGAAGAUAACAGGAAAUACGAUAACCGUAGAGGUGAAUACGGCACCAGACACAGUUGUGGCAAAAUGGAGACUCGAAGUUGAUACCAGGCUCAUCGAAAAUGGAGCAUACAGUUACUGUUAUGAAACAGGUAUCUACAUUCUCUAUAACCCCUGGUGCAAGUCAGACCAGGUCUACAUGCGAUCAGAAGAGUGGAGGGAUGAGUCAGUGCUCAAUGAUGUUGGGCUAAUUUGGAGAGGAACUUACAAUAGACUGAGACCAGUAAUUUGGAAAUAUGACCAAUUUGACAAGGACAUUUUGGAGUGUUCUUUGUAUCUAGUGCAUGAAGUGGGGAAGGUCAAGAAUACUUACCGGUCUGACCCAGUGAAGACAACAAGAGCUUUGGCAGCAGCUAUCAAUUCUGCUGACGAUUAUGGUGCAGUUAUGGGAAAUUGGUCGGAUGAUCACAGUGGAGGAACGCCACCGACGAAGUGGUUGGGUACGAAGGAAAUUUUGCAAAAAUACUACAAGAAGAAGAAACCGGUCAAGUAUGGACAAUGUUGGGUUUUCUCUGGAGUUUUAACAACAGUUUGCCGUGCUCUGGGUAUCCCUGCCCGAACCAUCACCAACUACUCCUCUGCCCACGACACCCAGAACUCCUUGACCGUCGACUACUUCAUGGACGAGAACGGUGCCGUCAUGGAGGAGCUCAACUCCGACUCCAUCUGGAACUUCCACGUGUGGAAUGAGGUGUGGAUGGACAGGCCCGACCUCGGAAGCCACUACGGGGGGUGGCAGGCCAUUGACGCGACUCCGCAGGAGUUGAGCGACGAGCAGUACCGGUGCGGGCCGGCAUCGGUGGCAGCGGUCAAGCAGGGAGAGGUGCUCAGGCCGUACGAUAACAGUUUCCUGUUUUCUGAGGUUAAUGCUGAUAAGAUAUUUUGGAGAUACUCCGGUCCAACUCAGCCGCUUAAACUCCUUCGCAAAGAUAUCUACGGCAUCGGAAAACUAGUUUGUACUAAAUCGCCAGGAACUUUCGACCGAGAAGACAUUACCCACAACUACAAGUACAAAGAAAAAACAACAGAAGAGCGCACCACCAUGUUACGAGCAUUGAAACAAUCGCAAAGUCUAUUUUCCAGAUAUUACCUCAACGAAGACUUCAACGAUAUACACUUUGAUUUCAAACUAAUUGAUGAUAUAAAAAUUGGACAACCGUUCAACGUGUCUCUAGAGAUGAAGAAUAAGAGUAAGAGUAAGGAAUAUAAUGUUUCUGUGGUGGUGAGAAUUGAGGUUGUUACGUACACAGGAAAAGUUGGCGACAAUGUGAAGAAAGAACAAUUUUCUGUGACUGUGAAACCUGAUUCCAUCCAUGAGGUUAAGCUUGGAGUAUCGUAUGAGGAAUACGGUAGCAGACUCAUCGACCAAUGUGCAUUUGAAGUGUCUUGCCUUGCUACAAUAGAGGAUACAAACUUUGAAUACUUCGCCCAGGAUGAUUUCAGAAUAAGAAAACCGGAUAUCAAAAUAUCACUUCGCAAUACUCCGAUUGAAGAUACUGAGGUGAUUGCAGAUAUUUCUGUGGAAAAUCCACUACCAAUACCGCUGAAAAAGGGUGUUUUUACUGUUGAGGGCCCAGGGAUUGAUGGUGGCUUGAAGGUUAAAGUGAAAGAGUCUGUACCACCUGGUGCUCAUGCCAAAGGGGAGUUCAAGUUCACUCCUCCACGUACAGGGAGGCAUACCAUUGCUGCAAAGUUUGUUUCCAAGCAAAUGGACGAUGUUGAUGGAUAUGUUAUUAUAAUGGUAGAACCUAAAAAGGAUCAGCUAUAGAUAUAAGUUUGUGCCAAAAUUGUGUUAAGUUGACGAAGUAUUAUUAUUUAUUAUAUAUCUAUUUAUGUCAUAUUCAAACCAUAUUUAUUCAUCACUAUUUCGAUAACAGAUACUACUAUUUAGAAAAUAAAUUUAAUUUUAUACU